AUGCCUCCUAAGAAGAACACCACCCCUUCCAAGGCAAAGGCUGCUGCCGCCGCGCCUGCCCAUGGCUCCUACAUCGAUAUGGUCAAGGAUGCUAUCAUCAACCUUAAGGAACGCAAUGGAUCAAGCCGUCAAGCUAUCCAGAAAUACAUCCAAGCCAACAACAAGGUCGGCAACCUCAGCGAUGCCGCCUUCAGGAGCCACGUCAACCGUGCUAUCACGUCUGGCGAGGAGAAGGGUGACUUCGCACGUCCUAAGGGCACGUCUGGACCGGUAAAGCUUGCAAAGAAGGAGGCCAAGCCUGUCACUGCCACCGCUACCAAGAAGUCUGAGCCCAAGGCUGAAAAGAAGGUCGCUGAGAAGAAGACCGCCGAGAAGAAGACCGAGAAGAAGGUCACCGAAAAGAAGGCCCCUGCUGCCAAGAAAGCUACCGCCACAAAGGCUAAGGCUACCACCACUACUGCCACCAAGGCUGCUCCCAAGAAGGCCGCCGGCCGCCCCAAGAAGGCCACUGCUACAACUACUGCCACCAAGGCUGCCCCUGCCGCUAAGCCCAAGGCCAACGCCAGCAAACCUCGCAAGACUGCCCCUACCGCUGCCCCUGCCGUCGAGGAGGAGGUAUCGCGCGUCCUAGGCAAGACCAAGUCUGGUCGUGUCACCAAGACCAAGGCUCCCGCCGCCGCAACCAAGGCAGCAAAGAAGGCACCAGCAGCAAAGAAGACUGCUGCGGCGAAGAAGGCCACCACACCGAAGAAGAAGGCAACACCCAAGAAGGCCACACCAAAGGCCAAGGCAUGA